AUACUCUGUCAAAAACAUCAACUCCAUUCAAUAAGUCAAAUAAAGCUGGAAGCCAGCAAGGAACCCCAUGGGAAACACUGGUUGUAUUUGCUAUGAACCUCAAACAAUUAAAUGUGCAAAUGAAUAUGAGCAACGUAAUGGGCAAUACCACGUGGACCACCAGUGGUUUGAAAAGUCAGGGUCGGCUGUCUGUGGGAAGUAGCAGAGAUCGGGAAAUUAGCAUGUCUGUUGGCUUGGGGAGAUCCCAGCUGGACUCCAGAGGGGGAGUUGUUGGAGGUACCAUAGAUGUUAAUACCCUGGAGAUGGUGGCUCAUAUUUCAGAACAUCCAAACCAACAGCCCAAUCAUAAAAUUCAGAUUACCAUGGGUUCCACUGAAGCACGUGUUGACUAUAUGGGUUCCAGUAUCCUAAUGGGAAUCUUCAGUAAUGCUGAUCUUAAACUACAGGAUGAAUGGAAAAUUAACCUGUAUAACACUUUGGAAUCGAGCAUGACUGAUAAAAGUGAGAUAUUUGUCCAUGGGGACUUGAAAUGGGAUAUCUUCCAAGUGAUGAUUUCAAGAUCGACCACACCAGACCUUAUAAAAAUAGGAAUGAAACUCCAGGAGUUCUUUACUCAGCAGUUUGAUACCAGCAAGAGAGCUCUGUCCACCUGGGGACCUGUUCCUUAUCUCCCUCCCAAGACAAUGGCCAACAACUUGGAGAAAAGCUCACACGAGCAAUUGCUGGAUGCAGCCCAUCAUCGCCACUGGCCAGGAGUUUUGAAAGUGUUGUCUGGGUGCCAUAUAUCCUUAUUUCAGAUGCCACUGCCAGAGGAUGGAAUGCAGUUUGGAGGGUCCAUGAGCCUGCAUGGCAACCAUAUGACGCUGGCUUGUUUUCAUGGGCCAAAUUUCCGUUCCAAAUCAUGGGCUUUAUUUCACCUUGAAGAACCCAAUAUUGCAUUUUGGACAGAAGCCCAGAAAGUUUUGGAAGAUGGUACUAGUGAACACUCCACUUACAUUGUGCAAACCCUGGACUUUCACUUGGGCCAUAACACUAUGGUCACCAAACCCUGUGGAGCUCUGGAAAGCCCCAUGGCCACAAUCACAAAGAUAACACGGCGCCGCCACGAGAAUCCCCCCCAUGGAGUUGCCAGUGUGAAAGAGUGGUUCAAUUAUGUGACAGCCACAAGGAAUGAAGAGUUGAACCUCCUUAGGAAUGUCGAUGCCAACAACCCAGAGAGCAGCACCACAGUGAAAAGCUCAAGCUUGCUAAGUGGCUUCAGAGGUGGCUCCAGUUACAACCAUGAAACUGAAACCAUCUUUGCAUUGCCAAGGAUGCAGCUGGAUUUUAAAUCUAUUCAUGUCCAAGAGCCUCAAGAGCCUUCAUUACAAGAUACAAGUGUCAAACCAAAGGUGGAAUGCAGUGUAGUAACUGAAUUUACAGACCACAUCUGUGUAACUAUGGAUGCUGAACUGAUCAUGUUUCUGCACGACUUGGUGUCUGCUUAUCUAAAAGAAAAAGAAAAAGCGAUUUUCCCUCCUCGCAUUUUGACUGCUCGUCCAGGACAGAAGAACUCAGUUGGUGUUCUUGAAGACAGCUCCACUGACAAGGAGGCAGAGGAAAGCAUUACCUACACUACAGUCGACUGGAGAGAAUUCAUGUGCAAUACUUGGCAUUUGGAACCCACACUGAGAUUAAUCUCCUGGACUGGGAGGAAAAUUGAUCCUGUUGGUGUUGACUACAUCCUCCAAAAGCUUGGCUUUCACCAUGCAAGGACUACUAUCCCUAAGUGGCUGCAGCGUGGUGUCAUGGAUCCUUUGGACAAAGUUUUGUCAGUCCUCAUAAAGAAACUUGGUACUGCACUACAGGAUGAAAAGGAAAAGAAAGGAAAAGACAAAGAAGAAUAUUAGAAACACAAUGUGACAACUGUAACUCCGUUUGAUUUUAUCAAAGUGUUUUAUUAUAUUUUAAGAACUUAAAUAUGGUUUAAAGAGAAACCUAACAGCUUUUUGCUACUCUAUUUAAAACUUACAUUGUGAGUAACUGUUUACCGUGGUACUUGAUACCAUUCUGUAUUUGAGGUUUAUUGCAUGAUGAUGACCAAUGUAUAUUCUGUGAAGGAAUAGCUGGAACACUGUAAAUCUGCUCCUCAGCGUCCACUGUUUUAUUAUGUGCAAUAUGAUCCUGCAUCUUUACAAUACUUGCAGAUUAACUGUGAAUUUUCUUAAGAUUUUAUUUGCCAUAACACAAACCCUUUGUUGAUGUGACCAGUAAUUGAUUUGUCAAUGUAGACUGGUGUAAAUUAUAUAUAUAUAUA